AUGCGUUUAGGUAACGUAGCAUCACGAACAAUUAUUAACCGCAACAUGUCAAACAACAUUAAGCAUUACGACUAUUUGGUGAUAGGUGGUGGUUCUGGAGGUGUUGCUUCAAGUAGAAGAGCUGCCUCUUAUGGAGCCAAGACCCUGUUGAUAGAGGGAAAGGCAUUGGGAGGUACUUGUGUGAAUGUUGGUUGUGUUCCCAAGAAAGUUAUGUGGUAUGCUUCUGAUCUAGCCACACGAUUGACUCAAGCGCAUUGCUACAGUUUAUUUGAAAAUCUUCCUCUUACUAAGGAAAACUUAACAUUUAAUUGGGCAUCUUUUAAAAUUAAGAGGGAUGCAUAUGUUAAAAGAUUAAACGGGGUAUAUGAGAGAAAUUUGGCGAAAGAGGGCGUAGAUUAUGUUCAUGGAUGGGCAAGCUUCAAUAAGGAGGGUCAGGUUGAGGUCACUAGACCAGAUAACACUAAAUCUGUGUACACAGCUACUAAAAUAUUAAUUGCUACUGGUGGUAAGCCGGUUAUUCCGAUUGACAUUCCUGGGUAUGAAUAUGGGAUCAGUUCUGAUGGUUUCUUUGAAUGUGAAAAGCAACCUAAGAAAGCUGUUAUCGUUGGCAGUGGGUAUAUCGGUACAGAACUGGCAGGUGUCUUACAUGGUUUGGGUUCUGAAACACAUAUGGUGGUCAGGAAUAAGGGUCUAUUAACUAAAUUUGACUCCUCAAUUCAAGAUACCAUAACAGAUUAUUAUAUUGCUGAAGGCAUCAAGAUCCACAAGUUUUCCAAUGUUGAGAAAGUGGAAUCUGAUAAGGGUACAAGUCUUUUGACUGUUUGUUUAGAUUCUGGAAAAUGUAUCACAAACGUGGAUGCUCUCAUAUGGACAAUUGGUCGUAGGACACUAUUGGGUCUCGGUCUUGAAAAUGUUGGGGUGAAGCUGAAUGAGAUGGAACAAAUAAUAGUCGACGAAUAUCAAAAUACUAAUGUGGAGGGUAUUUAUUCUUUAGGAGAUGUUGUGGGGAAUCUUGAACUCACUCCGGUAGCCAUUGCAACAGGCAGAAAGUUGGCUAACAGAUUGUUUGGUCCAAGCUCGUUCAGGAAGCAAAAACAAGAUUUUGAUAAUGUUCCAACUGCUAUAUUUGCUCACCCUGAGGCAGGAUCCAUUGGUUUGACGGAGGAUCAAGCAAUUGAAAAGUAUGGGAAGGAAUCCAUCAAAAUAUAUAACUCCAAAUUCACUAGUAUGUAUUAUGCCAUGCUAGAAAGCAAGUCACCCACCAGAUAUAAAUUGAUCUGCGCUGGUGAUGAAGAAAAAGUUGUGGGUCUACAUAUAGUUGGCGAUGGUUCGGCUGAAAUUCUACAAGGCUUUGGUGUUGCUAUAAAAAUGGGUGCCACUAAGGCAGAUUUUGAUUCAUGCGUUGCAAUCCACCCUACUUCCGCGGAGGAACUUGUUACCAUGACGUGA